AGAUUUGUCAAAACGAAUAGUUUAUGUUCAUAAACAUAUAUGACACUACGUUGCCAACGUUACCAAUGUUGCUAAGUGCUAACGUUAAGGUGUUGAAAACAAACCAAUUCGCGUAACCAGAUAUGUAGUUUAAUGGUUUUGAUGGACUCUUUUCAAUAUAUAUUUUCCCAUGAGACUAAUCGCUGGGCCGUCCGAGCGGGCACUCAAUCCUUAGUUACGAACAAAACUUCAAGAAGCCGAGGACAGCCAGCAGCACCAUGCAACACAUGUCAUCUCCCGUCAGAUUCCGCAGCAACAAGAAAGUUGUCCAGUCUGUCCAUUGAGGACCGGGAUGAAACUCCAUUCCCCUUUGCCAUGAGGGAUCUCCCUCCCAUCUCGCAGUCUGGCAACCAGCACCAGACCCUAUACCAGCAGGCACCAGUCCGCAGUGAGGCAGAGGGAACCGGGACAUCAACACACGGACUGCCCAGCCUACCGGGGACUCCCGUGCUGCCCCGUGCCGCCCUGUGCAACCUUGCUGGCUCUCCAUCAGUCCCUCGUAGACCAGGUCGCAUCGGACCGAACCCAGAUCUUCAGCUUUCGGGGCUGAGGAGACCGCUCUUCUCUCAGGUGUCCGUGGAUUGUCCUCUCAGCCCGGCAUCACGUCCGCAUAGCCCCUGGGGACGUUUUGACCCAUACGACUCUCCCGAGGACCAAGACAAAGAGUAUGUGGGUGUUGCCACAUUACCCAACCAGGUUCAUAGAAAGACAGUGAAGAAAGGUUUCACAUUUACCCUUCUGGUGGCAGGGGAGUCUGGCCUCGGUAAAUCCACACUAAUCAACAGUUUGUUCCUCACGGACCUCUACAAAGACAGGAAGGUUCCCAAUGCACAAGAACGGAUUGAUCAAACGAUCAACAUCGUAAAACACACCAUCAGCAUCGAAGAGAAAGGAGUCAAAGUGAGGCUCACCAUCAUAGACACACCGGGGUUCGGAGAUGCUGUCAACAACACAGAAAGCUGGAAGCCAAUAGAAGACUACAUUGACCAGCAGUUUGAGCAGUACUUCAGAGAUGAGAGCGGAUUGAACCGAAGGAACAUCCAGGACAACAGAGUCCACUGCUGCCUAUACUUUAUCUCUCCGUUCGGCCACGGUCUCCGACCUCUGGAUGUUGCGUGUAUGAAGGCUUUGCAUAACAAAGUCAACAUAGUUCCUGUUGUUGCCAAAGCGGACAGCCUGACACAAGCGGAGGUUGACAGAAAGAAAGUGAAAAUCAGGGAGGAGAUUGAGCAGUUCGGGAUCCACAUCUAUCAGUUUCCCGAGUGUGAUUCAGACGAGGACGAAGAGUUACAAAAACAGGACCAGAUACUCAAGGACAGCAUCCCAUUUGCCGUAAUUGGGAGUAAUGUUCAAGUUGAGAGCGAAGGUCGCAAGUUCAGAGGUCGUCUCUACCCCUGGGGUCUAGUCGAAGUAGAGAACCCGGCUCACUCUGACUUCCUGCUGCUGAGGAACAUGCUGGUGAGGACACACAUGCAGGAUCUGAAGGAUGUGACUGGGGAGACUCACUAUGAAAACUACAGAGCCCAGUGCAUUCAGAACAUGACGCUCAUGGUGGUGCAGGAGAAGAAACGCAGUUUGCGUGAAAACCAUCGAGAUCAGAGCGAGACAGAUUUUCCUCUGCCGCUGGCUCCCCCAAACUCUCGGAUGGAAAGAACCAUAUUGGAGAAAGACAAAGAGCUGAGGAGGAUGCAGGAGGUGCUGGAGAGGGUCCAGGAGCACAUGCAGCACAGCCAGAGGGAGGAAAGGGUCUGCAAUCCGUGAAGAGCAGAGAUGGAACUUGAAAACAACAUAAGAAGAAAUGAGACUUCCAGCAGGUCACACGGACUCACAGGUCAAUCAAUUGUGAUUUUUUUUUUUUCCUUUUUAUCCCAAGACGACAAUCAUCCAACAUCUCCUUUCGGAGAAAAUUAUCUUUAUUUCAUUAACUAAAUAAAUGCAUUACAGGACUGCAACUUGAGUAGUAACCUUGUUAAGGAUGUUAGUCAUUUAAGUUUUCUUUUGUUGCGUGUGUGUAUUUUUUUUAACAUUUUUUUGUAAAGACAAUCAAUUAAAAAAAUAAAACCAUGUCUUACUUCAUUUUUAUAUUUUCACUCAAUACCAAUAAAUACAGGAGCAAGUGUUGUAAAUGUAAUAAGAUUUAUUAAGAAUCUUUUAUUUCAUCAGCAUAAUUCUUCAUUAAUAUGGUUUAUCUAUUAUCUUAAACAGUGGACAGUUAGAUCUAAAAGGCAGCCCAAAGUGUACAGGCGAUAUAUAACUUAAAACUUUCUCCAUAGGGAAAACAUGUUUUUUAUAUUCAUAUAUAAUAUCAAUGUAGCAUGAGGUCCAAGAUCCUGCCCACGUUAUACAGUAUUGUACAUGGUCCCAAAAAGAAACAAAA